UCUGGGCCAAGUUAGGCGCGGCGGAAUCGAGCGCCGAGCGUCUGCAAAGCCGGUGGGGCCGCGGAGCGUCCGGGGCUGAGCCACAGCAAAUGGGCUCCGACGUGCGGGACCUGAACGCGCUGCUGCCGGCGGUACCCUCGCUGGGUAGCGGCGGCGGUUGCGCCCUGCCCGUGAGCGGCGCGGCGCAGUGGGCGCCGGUGCUGGACUUUGCGCCCCCGGGCGCCUCGGCUUACGGUUCCUUGGGCGGUCCUGCGCCGCCGCCUGCUCCGCCGCCACCACCCCCGCCGCCGCCGCCUCACUCCUUCAUCAAACAGGAGCCGAGCUGGGGUGGCGCGGAGCCGCACGAGGAGCAGUGCUUGAGCGCCUUCACCGUCCACUUCUCGGGCCAGUUCACCGGCACGGCUGGAGCCUGUCGCUACGGACCCUUCGGUCCUCCUCCGCCCAGCCAGGCGUCGUCCGGCCAGGCCAGGAUGUUCCCCAACGCGCCCUACCUGCCUAGCUGCCUCGAGAGCCAGCCCGCUAUUCGCAACCAGGCUCAGGUGGCGGCCACGCGGGCUCCAGGGCUGGAAGAGAACCUCGUUUAUCUGAUUCCAAUCUCUGCGGGACCGGGUCCUACCACAGGCGGUGGAAUGAGGCCCGAGCGUCGGCCUUCCUUCCAGCCCGUCUCUGGCACCUCCUCGUCGUUGAACACGGGACUUAGCUGGAGAAAGAUUUUUGCAAGACUUGGAGGAUACAGCACGGUCACCUUCGACGGGACGCCCAGCUACAGUCACACGCCCUCGCACCACGCGGCUCAGUUCCCCAAUCACUCCUUCAAGCACGAGGAUCCCAUGGGCCAGCAGGGCUCGCUGGGUGAACAGCAGUACUCCGUGCCGCCCCCAGUCUACGGCUGCCACACGCCCACCGACAGCUGCACAGGCAGCCAGGCCCUGCUGCUGAGGACGCCCUACAGCAGUGACAAUUUAUACCAAAUGACCUCCCAACUUGAAUGCAUGACCUGGAAUCAGAUGAACUUAGGAGCCACAUUAAAGGGAGUUGCUGCUGGGAGCUCCAGCUCAGUGAAAUGGACAGAAGGGCAGAGCAACCACGGCACGGGGUACGAUAGUGAUAACCACACCACCCCCAUCCUCUGUGGUGCCCAGUACAGGAUACACACCCACGGCGUCUUCAGGGGCAUUCAGGACGUGCGGCGAGUGCCCGGAGUAGCCCCGACUCUUGUUCGGUCGGCAUCUGAGACCAGUGAGAAACGCCCCUUCAUGUGUGCUUACCCGGGCUGCAAUAAGAGAUAUUUUAAGCUGUCUCACUUACAGAUGCACAGCCGGAAGCACACUGGUGAGAAGCCAUACCAGUGUGACUUCAAGGACUGUGAGAGAAGGUUUUCUCGUUCAGACCAGCUCAAAAGACACCAAAGGAGACACACAGGUGUGAAACCAUUCCAGUGUAAAACUUGUCAGCGAAAGUUCUCCCGGUCUGACCAUCUGAAGACCCACACCAGGACUCAUACAGGUGAAAAGCCCUUCAGCUGUCGGUGGCCCAGUUGUCAGAAAAAGUUUGCCCGGUCAGACGAAUUAGUCCGCCAUCACAACAUGCACCAGAGAAACAUGAGCAAACUCCAGCUGGCGCUUUGAGGGGUCCACGCCAGGCACCGUUCUGUGUCUCAGGCAGGACAGUGUGUGAACUACUUUCAAAGCUGACUUUAAAAUUCCUCCUCACUCGCCUCUCUAAGAAGGAAACGGAGGUUGAUCUUCUUCAUCCAGCUUCCGAGAAAGAUGCCUGUACUACUGGAUCCUACCAGGUUUGCUCAGAGGAGUUGGUCUCUGCUUAGCCAACUUUUAGUUGACUCAUAAGGCUCUGGAGAAGUGGCUGUCAGUGUCCAGUUAGUUAAAAGCCCAUUGCCAUUUGGUCUGGAUUUUCCACUGUAAGAAGAGCCAUUGUUGGUAAUGUUCCCCCCUGCCCCUUCUCCCUUUACGCUCAUUUUCACGAGGAAUGGAGUCAUUGUACCUUUUUCCAUCAUAGAAUAUUUAUAGGCCAGGGCAUGUGGAUGUGUCUGCUAAUGUAAACUUUGUCAUGGUUUCCAUUUACUAACAGCAACAGCAAGAAAUAAAUCAGAGAGCAAGGCACUGGGGGUGAGUCCCGUCCGACAUUCCGGAGCUUAGGCAGGCUGCUAACCUGGAAAGCAGGAUGUAGCGCCACCAGGCAACUUUUAAAACUCAAGCAUUUCAAGCAGCUGAAAAAAGAAUCAGAACUAACCAGUACCUCUGCAGAGAUAUCUAAAAGAAUCUUAUCAUUCAGUUAAUUCAAUGUUAACAUUAGCACAAUGCUCUUAAGAAACCGUGCUUGAGGAUCUGAGAUUUUGUUUUUGUGUUUCUUUUUGACUUUUUUGAGUUGUAAUCAUAUGCAUCUUCAGAGACGUACGUAUCUCCUCACACAAAGGAAGUGGAAUUCAUUUUUAUCAUUUGGGGUGUCCUUAAGAGUGUACAGACCACACUGGUUAUGUGGAUUCAAGUUGUAAAAAUUAAAGUGACUCUAAAAGAAAAUAAGGGCUGGUCCGGGAUCUCCACUGAUAAGACUGUUCUUUAGUAACUUAAGUAACUUUGGGUCUACAAGUAUAUGUGAAAAAAAAUGAGACUUACUAGUGUGAGGAAAUCCAUUGUUUAAAGGUGGUUGGGUGUAUGUGUGUGUUUUGUUUUUGUUUUUUAAGGGAGGGAGUUUAUUAUUUACUGUUGCUUGAAAUUAUUGUGUAAAUAUAUAUAUCUGAUAAUGAUUUGCUCUUUGACAACUAAAGUUAGGAAAUGUAUAAAUGUUAGAUGCAUCACUGUUUUGGUGUUGAUCUUCCAACGUAUAACACUAAGUAACACUAAAAAUGUAACCUGCAUUUUUCACUUCGCUCUCAAUUAAAGUCUAUUCAAAAGGAAAGUGGUAAGAUUCUAUCAGCUGUAUUGUGUACAAAUCUUGAGGACAGUUGAGCCUCUUUUAAACAGGUAAGAUGCUGACGCUGACAUCAAUGACCAUUUAAGUCUGUCCAGGUCCUGACCACUCGUUAUUUCUCUCAGUUGAACCUCAGGAGGCAAUUACUGGUCAUAGAAGCAGCCAGAGAGCACUGCCUUCACCUCUCAUCAUGCCAUGUGGAUGGCGUGGGGGGGAAUUGUAUUUUCAGAGUCAUUUUCAUUGGGAUCUCAUUGUAUCACUGCUUACUCCAGGUCAGCAAAACAGAGUAGAGAGAUGCAAAUGAUAACUGGUCUUUUUUGAAAAGUUCACUGGUAUACACUGCAAUCAGGAGAGUAAACUGAACACCUAGUACAACCAAAUUUACAAUUGUAGUUGCUAUAAAUUAGCUCAGCAGGUUGGAAACUGCUUAGACUUUCCAGGGCAGCCAAGUGUGAAAGGCAAAGAUCUACGUUAUCUAUAAACUAUGAACUCUCUUUCUGGUUCUGGUGGAUGGUUUUUCAGUUGUAAAUAAGGAGAUUAAUUUGGUGCCGCCCCUCUCAACUCCGGUAUCUGGGAGCUCGAGUGCAUUCCAGGCUUCAUUUCUUCAUUUAAAAUGUAUCUUGAGCAGACAGCAGCUCACAACAGAGACUCUUCUGCGUUGAAGUGCAGCUCAAAGUUUGGGCUGCCGAAAAGUCAGGUCCUGAGGCCCCUCUUGGUUUGCAUCUGGCUCUUGCAUCACUGUUAAUUAUAGCCAGUGUAGUGACUCAUUUGUAUCAGCAGUUUUUAUCUUUUCCUGCCAGAAGACGGCAUUUCUCUGGAGAAGCUCAGGACAAGCAUGGCAAACGUCAGCGAGUCAGAGCGAGCCAGGUUUCACAAGAGCAGUCACAUUGUUUCAUCUGCACUAGGAAGCCCAGAGAUUCUCACACUACUUUAGCAGGUUAGCUUGCAGUUAAGGUCAUGGGCUUUGGAAAGCAGACCAACCUGGGUUCAGAUCCUAAGUCCUCAGUUUCCUUAUCUGUGAAGUGGGGACUUUUUGUCCCUAUCUGUCUGAUAGGGUCGUAGUGAGGAUUAAAUGGGGGGAAAAAGCAUGAAAGCAUCUAGUACAUAGCAAAGGCUUAAUAGGCAUCAUCUAGGAAAAUGAUUACCUGAGAACUCAUGCUAAUUUCCUUUACCUCCCCCCUCACCCCCUGCAUCCUCUUGCGGUGUCCAGACAUCUUCAUGCAAAAUGACAAACAAAUCCAUUUCCAUAUACUACAAUCCAGAGUUAAGGUUUGCAGCAAUAGGGCUCUUGUCAGCCUCCCCACAGAGACCACAUCUAUUUGCUUUGUGCCUUUUGUAACACACCCAGUGGCAUUGAGUGUGUGUUUUGAGACCCGUGGAGUUGACCACGAGCAGACUGUCAGGAUGAAAGCUGGUCAGAGGGAGCUCUCUGUAGCUCAGGCUAGAGUCUAUAUGAGGAGCAAAGGUCAAAAUGUACAUUUUUUCCAUCUUGCUUUAGUAAAGUGUAUGGUCCAAUAUCUUUAAAAGGCCACCUUCAGCCCCCCAGUGGAUCUUCCCAGACUCUCUCAUCCCGGCACCUCUGUAGUCCUUAGAGUACAUAACAUUCAAUAGUAUUUUUUAUGGGUAUCAUGCUUUCCCACUUAGGACCAUCUAUCUAUAAGGUAGACAGGACAAGUAUUAUUCCCACUGUACAGAUGAGGAAGCUGAGGCUCGGUGAAAGUAGUGGCUGAGGCAGGACUUGGUUUAGGUGUUCUGUAUCCAAGUUUUCUUCCAAAACAUGCUCGAUGAUAUAGACAUGCACUCUGCUCCAUGGUUUCAUAUCUACAAGUCAUAUCUUCCUAACCAUGUGUGAGCUUCUAGAGGAGUGGAUUGUCUCCCUUCCUGUGUUACUUCCUUGAGGACUUCUCAACCUUUAAUAUCGAUAGACAUUCCCUGAGGAAUUUGUUGAAGUACAGACUCCUAUUCGGAAGUUCUGGGGUGGGACCUGAGACUGCAUUCCUAACAAGCUCCCAGGCGAUGCCCACCCUGCUGGUCUGUGGACGACACUUUACAAGGACCUAAACGGCUGGGCUCGAGAAAUACUUGCUAUAAGGUGACUGAUGAGCUUUGCACCUGACACUCCUGAGACUGCCCUGAACCUUUUUAGCCUGUAGAGAGCGUCCGUGAAGAUGGCCCGGGGCCCACUGCGAUGAGCCCCGGGGCUGUGGGACAGGACAUUGGUGCUGAAUGCAGUCAGAAGAGCUGUAUGCAGGGGAGUCCAUCCAUGAGGAGCUUUGUUUCCAAAACAGCCUGACCGUCCUCUGUCAGUGACUUUCCCCAAGCAAGGGAGACCCCCUCCCCCAGGUAAGGAGAAGGCGGUACACGGUCCCACCUGCAUAUCCAGUCCUCACACCUCACUCAGGUCACAUCUCCACAGCAGACCUCUCCCUCCCUGAGGCGUGUUUUCCAGCACCCACAAACUGACACCUCGUGGCUUUGGAGCGGAUUUAUUCCCUGUGAGCCAGGCAGGAAUUCUCCACGUCUUGUCCCUACAAGGAGCCACUUGCUUAGCUCUUUGGGUACCAAAGGGAAAAGGAAAAAGGCAAUGUCUUCCAGAGCCCUGUCCUCCCUGCAGGGUGUUUGCAUCACUGAUUUUGGACUAACAGGUGAGUCAGGAACAGGUGUAGGGGUGUGUGUGUGUGUGUGUGUGUAAAUAGAACAGUGGUUCCCAACUAGGGGCAUUUUUCUUCAAAGGCUUGCAGCAGGCAGAGUGGCUCAUAGGAACUUCUCACAGGUGAACGUAUAAGAACUACAGUAAGGGAAACAAAUCCCCAAGAAAAUAUGAAGGUCUUGGCCCUUUUUAUUCAGGUCUUUGCUUCUAGUGACUAUUUUAUUGUAUUUCAAAUGAUUGAAAUC